GUGUUAUCGUUUUCCACCCGGACGAAAUCUGUAAACGGACCCCGCGGUAACGAAUGGGUAGAGUCGUAAACAUAACUGAUACAAACCGUUUAUGUGCAUUUUUUGCUACUAAUUUUGAGUAUAGACGCGAUUAGAAAACUUCUAAUUUCAUAUAGGUUCUGGGUAACCUGUCUUUACAGUUUGGAGUACAUUGCAGCAAGAAUCAACAAGCCACACCUUUAAUAUGCCACGGAGAAAGCGGACGACAGGCAGCAGCUCGGAUGGCACAGAGGACUCGGACUUCUCAGCUGAAGAACCUGCUGCGAUUGCGCGCAGACGCAGCAGUACGCGUCUGACUCGUGCGUCCCACCGUCUCAGUCGGAGCUCACAAGACAGUAGAGUCAGGAGCAGCUCUCCUGUAGCACCAGAAGAGGGUCAAAGGGAAGAUACAGUUGCAGCCUCAAUUUUCACAUCUGGGCGCAGAAUCACACGCAGCCAGCUGGGGGCAGCAAACGCUACGGCCAAGAAGUACCCCCUGCGCCAAAGCAAGUCAUCAGGCUCCGACACAGAGACAAAUGAGCAAAAACAUGGGGCAGACCGAGACGAGAGCCCUCCUCGGACCCCUACAGGUAAUGCCCACUCAUCUGAGUCAGACAUUGAGGUGUCUAGUCCUGCAAAUGACAUCACUGAGGAUGAGAGGUUAGCCAAAGAGUUGUCACUUAAAGAGGCCGCUGCCCAUGACCUGUCCCAUAGACCCAAGAGACGACGCUUCCACGAGAGCUACAACUUCAACAUGAAGUGCCCCACUCCAGGAUGUAACUCACUGGGUCAUCUAACAGGAAGGCAUGAGAGGCAUUUCUCUAUAUCUGGAUGUCCUCUUUAUCACAACCUGUCUUCUGAUGAAUGCAAGGGCAAAGCUACAGUGCGUGACAAGCAGGCUGAAGAAAGGGCGCUAUCACACCGACAGGAUGAGAACAGGCACUCCACAAGAAACCAGGCGCCUUCAGACCGUCAGUUGCGCUACAAAGAAAAAGUGACAGAGCUGAGAAAGAAAAGGAACACUGGACCCAACAAGGAGCAGAAAGACAAGCACAUUGAGCACCGUCAGAGUCACGGUAGCUGCAGAGAGCCUCUUCUGGAGAAUAUCACCAGUGACUAUGACCUGGAGCUAUUCAGGAAGGCCCAGGCCCGAGCUUCUGAGGACCUGGAGAAGUUGCGACUGGCUGGCCAGGUGUCAGAGGGGGGCAACAUGAUAAAGACCAUAGUGUUUGGCAGAUAUGAGCUGGACACCUGGUACCACUCCCCUUACCCUGAAGAGUACGCCCGUCUGGGGAGGCUUUACAUGUGCGAGUUUUGCCUCAAAUACAUGAAGAGUCAAACUAUUCUCCGCAGGCACAUGGCCAAGUGUGUGUGGAAGCAUCCUCCAGGUGAUGAGAUCUACAGAAAGGCUAAUAUCUCAGUGUUUGAGGUGGACGGCAAGAAGAACAAGAUUUAUUGCCAGAACCUUUGUCUACUGGCCAAGCUCUUCCUGGAUCACAAAACUCUGUAUUACGAUGUUGAACCAUUUCUCUUCUAUGUUAUGACUGAAGCUGACAACACAGGCUGCCAUCUUGUUGGCUACUUCUCCAAGGAGAAGAACUCUUUCCUGAACUACAAUGUGUCCUGUAUCUUGACCAUGCCUCAGUACAUGAGGCAGGGCUAUGGCAAGAUGCUCAUUGACUUUAGUUACCUGCUCUCCAAAGUGGAGGAAAAAGUGGGGUCUCCAGAGCGCCCCCUGUCGGACCUGGGCCUCAUCAGCUACAGAAGUUACUGGAAGGAGGUUCUGCUGCGAUAUCUCAACAACUUCCAGGGCAAAGAGAUAUCCAUUAAAGAAAUAAGCCAGGAGACGGCAGUGAACCCUGUAGACAUUGUCAGCACUCUGCAGUCGCUCCAGAUGCUCAAAUAUUGGAAAGGAAAGCACCUGGUGUUGAAGAGACAGGACCUUAUAGAUGACUGGAAAGCCAAGGAAACCAAACGUGGCAAUGGAAAAACAAUUGACCCCACUGCCUUAAAGUGGACACCUCCGAAAGGAACGUAGAGGAGCUUCUUUUGACAGCCAUCACACCUACACCUGUACAGGCACAGACAUUGUAUCUUUACAUAACAACAACAACUGUCUGUCUGGGUUCAGCAGUCACUGGUGGUAAUCACACUUACAGACAGUUAUUGCUCAUGUUAGGAUCACAUCACCGCAUUCUCACUCAAUGAAACACACUUGUUUCUAGUCUUAUAGUAUAAUAAGAUCAACCCCAAACAAAAAUCCACUUUGGUUGUCACUGUGAAUCAUUUGUAUGUUUUACAUACUGUGUACUCUUGAUAUCUGACCUGUAGCUUUAUAACAGGAACAUCUUUAUUGUAAGCCUUUAAGAUCAUUUUACCAAAUAUAUACAUGUGGCAUGCUAAAGAUUAGGUUCUGCAAACAAUACACUCCAAUCUUGAAUGUAAAAUAAUGAAAAAUACAGAACAGCCCAUGUCUGUUAUAUAUCUAAUCUUGUUCAUUAUCUACAUCAAAAUAAUUAGUGUGUUUCAGAUUAAUGGAAAGAAAAGACACCCUUAUAUGCACAUAUUCAUAAAGCAAUUUUAGAGUGACUGUUUGAACCCAGAAAUGUUCACCUGCUAAAACCCUAUAACUGUCACUGGCCAGAUUUCAUUGUCAACUCUUUGUCAAACACUGUCCACAUUAUUAGAAACAUAUUUUCUAAGGUUUUAAAAUGUUAAAUAUCAAAUCACAUGAAUACAAAAUGCUAUUCCAUUGCAUUAAUGGUGAUUAUGUAGAUGUGGCCAGGGUACCUUCUUUCAUUUCAAAGUCUGGAAGGGGAUUUUGUCAUUUGUGCAGCUUCCAUUCUUACUGUAUAUAAUUCUACCUCUGAGGUUUUGCCACUGUUUAAAGGCUAGAACAGUCCUAUGUUUUGCUAUUUCCCUGUGUAAACACAUAAAGCCAGAAAGAGCAUUUUACUAGAUUUUUUACUAUUUAUAAAAUAUUCUUGGUACGUAAAAAUUAACAGAAGGAAUGUGAGGGGGAAAAGGUCAAAUAGUUUUAGUUCAUAUGUUUAAUCUUUUAUUUACUAUUUACCUUUUUAUUUUGGACAAUCCUAAUAUUUAUUUUGCCGAGCACUGGCUAUGGGUCUAGUGUUCUGUGGCCCAACAUUUUAAAAGUUAAUAGUUUUAUACCGUCACCAUUAUUCAUUUUCUGAUGCCUCAUAUGGCAAUGCAUUGGCACAUACUUAGAUAUACUUGUCUAAAAUAAUCAUCUAAAUUCAUAUAUCUUAACCUGUUGUAGUGUAUAUUCAAAGUCACCAUAAUUGCCUUUUAUUCCAUACCUCUCAGUUUGGACAAGUCUGUGUAAAAUGAUUUAGAAUGAGACAGGUGUAUCUAAUGUGGCCACUGAACAUUCUCUUCUCUGUUUGUUUGCCUUUUUUACAUUUCACACAUAGAAUAGAUUUUGCAUUUUACUUUGCCAUUAAAAAGAACGGAAAACAUACAUUAUCAUUUUAGCAGGUGCUUUCUGAAAUAUAGCAAUUUGUCUGUGCGCAAAAACAUUUACAAAAGUGCAUUUACAAAUC